AUGUCCGGGCUGCGCAUGUGGGCCCCUCGGUUUCUGUUCCUGUGGCAGCUUUUGUGGCUGCAGGUCCAGGCAGCUCCGAUUCCGGAGUUGGCUAAGGACUCUAUCCUGAUGAACUCCAUCCCCCUGGAACUCCCCAUCAUUCCAGAACCUACUUUGGAGGCUGGUGCUACAGCCCUGAAGCAGACUGCAGCUCCUCCAAAGCACCCUGAGGUGACCUUUCCACUUCAAGAGCCUGUUCAGGCUCAGUGGCCAACCUUUCCGCCUGUGGACCUGGGACUCACCAUCGCUCCUGAACAUACUUUGGGGGCUGCUGCUACAGCCCUGAAGCAGACGGCAGCUCCUCCACUAAACCCUGGGAUGACAUUUCCACUUCCAGAACCCACUGAGGCUCAGCGGCCAACCUUUCCACCGUCGGAACUGGAAGUCCCCAUCAUUCCAGAACCUACUUUGGAGGCUGGUGUUACAGCCCUGCAGCCAACUGCAGCUCCUCCACUAAAGCCUGAGGUGGCAUUUCCACUUCAAGAGCCUGUUCAGGCUCAGCGGCCAACCUUUCCACCUGUGGACGUGGGACUCACCAUCACUCCUGAACCGACUUUGGGGAAUGCUGCUACAGCCCUGCAGCCGACUGCAGCUCCUCCACUAAAGCCUGAGGUGGCAUAUCCACUUCCAGAGCCUGCUGAGGCUCAGCAGCCAACCUUUCCACCAUUGGAACUGGAAGUCCCCAUCAUUCCAGAACCUACUUUGGAGGCUGGUGUUACAGCCCUGGAGCCAAAUGCAGCUCCGGCAAAUCCCCCUAUGGUGACACUUCCACAUCCAGAGACUGUUCAGGCUCAUCAGCCAACCUUUCCACCUUUGGAUCUGGAGCUCACCAUCACUCCAGCAUCUACUUUGGAGGCAGGUGCAGCAGCCCUGCAGCAGAAUGCAGCUCCUGCAAAGCACCCUGAGGUGACACUUCCACCACCAGAGCCUGUUCAGGCUCAACAACCAACAUUCACACCAUUUGACCUGGAGCUCACCAUCACUCCAGAACCGACUUUGGAGGCUGAUGCUACAGCCCUGCAGCAGACUAUUGCUCCUCCAAAGCACCCUGAGGUGACACUUCAACAUCCAGAACUUGUUCAGGUUCAGCAGCCAUCUUUUUCUGAAGUCACAGCCACAGUCCUAUCGUUUGACCUGGAAGUUACAAUUACUCAGCAACCAGAGUCAUCGGAGACAGUUCCUCCAAUGACUGAGCAGAAUGCCACCAUGAACAUAUGUGAGCUCUGUUCCUGCAAUAAUGGGACACUGUCGUGUAUUGGUUUUGGCUCAAACCAGAGGCUCCACAGAGUGCCAGUUCCAGAGCCCAGCACCUACAAUGGCACCUUCACCAUCUUAAACUUGCAGGGAAAUGCUAUUUCAUACAUUGGCAAAGAAACAUGGAAGUCAUACCAUUUGGUUGAGAAACUAAAUCUCAGUGGAAAUAAUUUAAGAGAAUUACGUAAAGAUUCAUUUGAAGGCCUGCAUUCCCUCCAGUAUUUGGAUUUGUCCUGCAAUAAAAUAGAAUUCAUUGAAAGGAAUGCACUUGAAUCUUUACCUCUUUUACAAUAUAUAAAUCUUGGUUGUAAUUUAAUCACAAAAGUGAAUUUUGGAACAUUUCAGACCUGGCAUGGAAUGCAGCUAUUACACAAGUUAAUUCUCCACCAUAAUCCUCUGAUGACUGUUCAAGAUCCAUAUCUUUUUAAUUUGCCAGCAUUGACAUAUUUAGACUUGGGAACAACACAAGUGACAUUUACAACACUUGAUAACAUUCUCAUGACGACUCCUGAAUUAGAAAAACUUAUCUUACCUAACCAUUUGGCCUGCUGCCUCUGCCAAUUUAAAAAUAAUAUUGAGGCUGUCACCAAGACAGUCAAACUACAUUGUAAUACAGAAUGUCUGGCCAACACACCUUGUGAUGAAGAACUUUUAAUAGAAGGACCACUCAUGAAAGUAUUACAAGGCCGGCAGAACACCAGCACUGAGCUGACAAUUGAGCCAGAGAGGGCACCCUCAAACAAAAAUAGCGACACUUCCUCAUCCCUUAUGAGCCUUCUGAUGAGACUGUUCACUGAGGAGCCCAACGCAGAGUGGGAUGCGGAACAAUGGAAAAAUGAGAGGAUGCAAGCCCCUGGGGAGCUGGCAGAGAAGGAGUCACACGAGUUCACAAAAGAAGUGCCAGGAUUUAAGCACUACAACAUAGUCAUCAUAGCAUCGCCUGUGAUUGCAGUAGUAGCUUUUUUCUUUGUAGUUUUCUGCCUCAUUGCGAUUUGUCGCAGAAAGGCUACAAAAGGAAGUUCCAGGGGCUCUCUUGCAAGUGUCCAGCAGAACAAAUCAGCAGAAUACCAGCUGCAGGAGGGUGGUUUCUGGAGAAGGCUGUUUCUUUUCCUGAAGAAUCUGUUUGCACCUCUCCUGGCCAUAUUUCAGAGGAAAAGUCAUGUAAAGACUCAGGAUACAGCUGAGAAGGAAGCUUUCCUAAAAAUGGAGCAGAGUAAAUCCUCCCCUUCCUCAACGAGGAUUGAUGCCUCAGACUCGGCUGCUGAGACAGGAGGGGAAAGUACAUCGUGAAAUCUCCUGAGUGAACCCCAUCCUCAGGUUUAUUAAUAAAGCACUAAUG